AUGGCGAGCAACACCAACGGCAACGAACAACAACAAGCGCCGGCGACUCCUGUGAAUGUGGGUGGGACAUUGUAUCAGCCGACACCAACUGCAGCGUCAAGACCAGCUGCGACGACGAACACAGUGGGCACGACAAGUACGGCGAACACGGCAACCCCGGUCCCUGCUGCAGCGGCGAGCAAUGUCCAACCGACUCUGAACACUAUUCAAGCUAAUCUCAGCAAUUUGUUAAAGACCCCAGCUUCGGCGACUCACUCUGCCCAGAUUGCUGCUGCUCUGGCGCCGCAUAUGACACAGAUCAUGAAUCUGGCAAAGCAGGGAACAUUGACAGAGAGUCAGAUGGCACAGUUGAAAACACUCGCUGGCAUUGUCGCUCCUGGAAACCAACAGCCUACUCCAGCAGCGACCACACCACGCCCACUAACCACAGCCCCACCCAGGCCAGCCGGCACACCACAGCCAACAGCCGCCCCGGCCACCAUGGCUCAAACGGCGGCCAAACCCGCGGCCACCACACCAGCAGCGACCUAUCCACCCGCGACACAACAGUCAUGGUCUCGCCCUGUCCCUGUUCUUUCCGGCCAGCUGCUCCCACAAUAUGCUGCCACGGCUCCUGCGUAUGCACCUGCUGCUCCAACUGGACCUGCCCCUGUACCUCGACGAGCCUUGAAGGACUUGGUAUACGGUUUCGAAUCAGACGUCAGGGUGGAUCCCGAUGCUGAACAGUUUUUGUUACAAGCUGCAGACGACUUUAUAGAAUCAGUCACCCAAUUUGCGUGUCGUGUGGCCAAACAUCGAGAGAAAAACUACGACCUCCACAUACCCGGAUUCGCAACUGACGAGACACGACAUGCAACUGCGACAGCUGCCCAAGCCUCGGUCACAAAUGCCAUCUCCAAACCCAUUGCACCGCUUCCUGCAGCCCGCAAGAGCCGCCAUCGUGCAACCGACCCGGCGACACUUCGUGCAUCUCGCCUGGCGGCUGUACGCGACGCUGCGUCUCGACCUGCCUGA